AUGUCUUCUAAAAACCCAGAGAAUGGAACCAAGCCCCUCGGUCCGUCUUCAGACAAAAUGCAAGAGUUGGCGAAGAGUUUGAUAGGCAAAGAAGCACCACCAAUGCCGCAUGUUUUGCCCAAUCUCAUUUCUAUUGAUGGCCAUCAAUUCUCAAUCAAUUGUGAAGGAGUUCCGCAGGCUGUCACCGACAAAUUAGACGAGAUAUUUGACAAUGGGGGAACAUACGACCAAAUCCCAGUUGAAGUACUGCAGUACGAGUUGAAGGGCGACCCUGUACUCAGUUGA